UUUCCAUUAACAUGAAACAACAAUUAGACGCUAAACGAAAUAUAACGCCGAUUGCUAAGAAACCAUGAAAGUGUGUUAUAGGUGGAAAAUUGAUGACAACUCACUAUUCAUUUCUUUUACUUAGGAAAAUAUCUUGAAAGCUGAAUGCGGGAAUAUCAGCUUUUAUGAUAUAGAUCCGAACCUUGUGGAAGAAAUUUUUUAUAAGUUAAAUAUUUGCAAUAUACAAAUAUCAUACGGACAUGGAUCUACCUUAUUUGGAUAUUAAUAAAAGGAAUAAUAGGACCUAAACAUCGACACAAAUGCUAGAAGGCAUUUGUUAAAUGGAUACUCUAACAGCAUUAUCAAAAUUGUUAACGUUACAAACCUGUUGAAAAGAAUAAUAAUCAUAGGAUAGAAAAUAACAUGAGAAAAGAAUACUGAAACUGUAGUCAGAAGUUCGGGAUUAUAGAAAUUGGGCACGUGAGUCUUCUUGCUUCCUGAAAGGAGAACGAAUACGAAUUACAAGCAUUCUAAAUAACCAUUGGAUGAAUAGAAAGCGAUUACCAUAUCAAGUAUCGUCUCGGUUUUGUUGAAACAUUCCAAUACUGCAUUUUUCCGAGGACAACAGCAAACAAUAAUUGGACGGGAAAAGAAUAAAAGGCCGAUUGCUAAAAACCAUGUAAGCGUGUUUCAUGUGGAAAAUUGAUGACAGCUCGAAGUUAUAAAAUUUGAACCUGGAUAUUUUCAGCGAAGCAUUCUUUGCGGUUAUAUCACACUAUCGCUUUUAAAAUCUAGCAACAUUGGUUGUUUAGCAAAGGUGGAAACAUAGGAAAUGUUGAUAUGGAGAUAAACGAAACAACCUCAAAAGAUAUAAAAUUGUGUUUUAAUUAAAGACGAUAUUGAGCUUUCAAAAGUCGGCACAUUGUAUAACUUUUCCUUGUUGUAUGAGACCAGUAUUUAGUUUUAAAAGUAAUAAUUACACAAGUGUUAAGAGAUCAUCUGGAUAAAAUAAUAUAUUCAUAGUUUCACUGAAAGAUAUUGUAUGACUGAAGACACGAACGGGUAUUUAGCAAAUUGUUUAUUUACGAAACAUUGUGUUUUGUGAAUUCAAUUACUUUCACAGCCUGAAAUUAUCAAGUCUGACAAUGGGCUGUACAUGUGAAAAGGUAUGGAGAAGAAAACAUUCAAAAGUUGGACAUAAAUCUGAAAGUAGUGAUACUCCGCCAAGUAUGUCUGAUGCACAGAAAGCAGUGAUUAGAAACAACUGGCAAACUUUAAAAUGUCACGUUGCGAAUAUUGGAGUUAUAACAUAUGUCAGCAUGUUUGAAAGCAGACCAGAGCUUUUAGAACUGUUUUCAAAGUUCAAGGGACAAAAUAUAAAUGAACUUCGGCGCGCCGGAUUACUCAGGCAACACGCAUUAAGAGUGAUGGCAACCAUAGACAAAGUAAUUACGCGCCUUGACGAGCCUUCCAGUUUGAUAGUCAUGCUCAGGGAAGUUGGAGCACAUCAUAAGCUCUAUAAAGUGCCGCCGGAUUACAUACAGAUAAUUUUGCCUCAUUUCCUCAGUGCAAUCAAACCUCAUAUAGAGGAACAUUGGUGUGACGAUCUAGAGACAGCCUGGAAAACUAUGUUUGCAAUUAUAAUAUACCAUAUGAGUGAAGGUAUUACUCAGCCGGAACAUGGUCACAGACAAUUCAUUGCUGAUCCUUCAUCUUAAAUGGAUUUAUUGAAAUGUGUAAAUGAGUUGAAUGUGCAGUUUUAUAAUAUAAAUAGCAUACACCAGUAUUUACUGAUUAAACGUGAUACAUUACGUGAAUAGGCCUUGGUGCCAUGAGAUUUUGUGUGCUGUUUAAGUGAAAUUGAACUUGCUGUAAGUUGAAAACUGAUUUUUGUUAUACAAAUGGUCACAUUUGAAACUCUGUGUACAAAUGUCAAAACGUCUUACACAGCCUCAUAGUAUUGCUCUAUAUCAUUCAAGACAUGCUGGACAAAACGGUUCUUCAAUAUUUCGGUUAGAUCAUUUCCUUUAAAAAAACUUUUAAAGAAAAAGUUUGUAAUAAAUGAAAAUCGCGUAUACGUAUUAUAUCAAUUUGCGGCAUGUCAAAUGACGGAUUAUAAGGCUGAAGAUACAUGUAUUCUCGGUGAUUAUAAGUAUGUGUAUCAGUAUUUGGUGGUUGUACGAUAUUAAUCAAUCUGUUUCAAUUAAACAUACAACUUUUUUAUACGGGUCAUCAUUUCAGCAUUAAGUACCCUAGACGCCUUAAGUCAAUUCCUGGUACAUAGCAACAAUCAAUUCAAUCUAUACAAUUUAUUGACUUCUUAAACUCUCCUUUAUAUUUGAUCAUUUUUAUUUUAGUACCACUUACACACUAUACAAACAGAAAUAAAUGAGUCAACAACAGGCAAAAUACUUCUGUAUGGCCUAAAAUGUCUAUUAUAAAUGUGUUUUGAUUUAUGGAAGAUGACGUUGUUUGUUUAGUCCUUUGUUGACUCUGUUUUUCUAUCUCGAUGUUUUUACAUAAUUGUAUGAUAUUUUUCGACAUAAGAUAUUUCAUCUAUUGAAAAAGAAGUCCUUGCCUAUCUGUGAAUAAACCAUUUCCAGGUUUUGUAAGGUCACAAUGAAAGUAGCUUUAAAAAUCAUAAAAUUGAUAUGCAGUUAUGCAGAACACAAACUUCGAAUGACAAAGUUGGACAGAUGUAAACCAAACGAUUGCCCGUUCCUAUUCUACAAAGUGUACAAUAAAUAUACAUACAAAUACAACGCCAAGAACGUAUUUUAUCUUCUGUCAUCGAAAGACAGAUAUUUCUUGCCUACCUAGCGGGGAAAUUAUAUAUUUGUCCGAGCACGCGCCAGGGAUAAAUAUUCCUGUCUUUCCCUAGGGAAAAACCUUGUCUAAAAAAGCGUGCACUCCGGUAACGUCACAUAGCACUGGCACUAUUGUGACGUCAUAAACUAUAC